CUUCACGCGAGGUUGCAACCAUGAGACGAGUAGGGGUGGCUCCCCAUUUAAUACUGUGCCUUGUGCUUUUGCUAGCAUCAUUUGCAUUAGCUUCUACCCCUACAUCAUUCUGCAAAUGCACGUGUUUCACAAACAGCACGAUCAUCCCUCUUGACGAGGGAGCCGACGAUGUGUCCUCUUCUUUUUCGGGAUUCCGGAAUCUGAUCCGUUUUUACGAUGAAGUCGACGCGAACGCGAAGGAGAAGCGAGCAAAGAAAUACCACGCCCUGAACUGCAACGACUGUAAUCGCAAGUUCUGUCUGGAUUAUGAUCUGCCGAUGUGUCAGACCGCGAAGGAGGAGGAUGUUUUUACGACGUGUUUUCAACGGGAUUCUCGAAAAGACGAAGCGGUCGUUUUCAUCUUCAUCUUCGCGACGAGCGGGCUUCUCACCUGGGCGGCUCUUAAGCCAUGGGUGGAGAGAUACAUGGAGGCGGCUCGAGAACGCAGAUCAUAUAUUCCUGUUUCAGCGGGAGACGCACAUCAAUAGACGAGUGUUUUUCCUCGUCGAUCCAGAUUAUGUAUAUAGAGUAUUACCCGGAAUCGACGACCUACGUUGGCAUAGAGUAGCUACUAAGUCGCAGACAAAAACAAGUUUUCUAUG